AUGUUCCCAUCGGAAUGCCGGAAUUUGUAUGAAAGCGGGCUUGCUCGAAUAUUAGUGACCCAUAUCAGUCUCGGCAUUGCCCUCCUAGGAAUUCCGGCCAAUAUAUUCGCACUCAUCGUUCUUCACGUUGAAAAGACCUGUCGAAGCCCAACCCACAUUCUGCUAAGCGCUCUGGCGAUUGAAGACAUAAUGAUUAUCCUCUUCUACAGCAUCUACUACAUUGCCAUGCAUUACUAUGAAUCCUAUAAUUUGCUGUGGUUGGGCUUUCUGCGAUAUAUUGACACACCACUGUUCUAUCUUGUCAACUGGAUAAAAAUGAUCGAAAUAUACACGGUGGUGCUCCUAAGUCUCGAACGCUAUACAGCUAUCCGCUGGCCACUGAAAGCAGCCCGUUUAUGUUCUGUCGGCCGAACGAAACGCGGCCUGCUUAUCAUUACACUGUUUUCGGGGAUUUUCAAACUGCCCAACUUGAUUCUGGACUAUCGCGUUCUACGGUGGUCUCCAGCCUGCAAAGACUACAAGCUUGUCUGCUCCUUUGUCAUACCGCUAAGUUUACUGGUGUUUCUCAACUGCGGACUAAUCACCCGCAUCCGACGUUUUGAGAAGCAACACAAAUCAGGCCAAUGGUCCCUCAAGCGAUUUAAUGUACCAGCUGCAAUUGCCACCCGAAAAACCCCGUACGAACCGCGAAAGCCAACCAGCUUUGUUUUGGCCGAGAAAGAAGGCGAUUGUUCUGAUCUUCCUUCGCCCCCACAUGGAACAUCUAACUCACACUACUCUCCUCUGAGCCUGCUGAAAAAGCCAAACCCGAUACAGGGGAACUCGAGGGAGCAGAGUGCCACACUGUCCAUUGCAUCUCCUGAACAAACUCACGACGGAAGUCAACAGGAAGUUUCACGAAGUAUCGUGAGUUCAAAAAGCGGUCGUACUUCCACCGCUAGCACGAAAAGUAGAAGCAUAUUGGUGACACUAGUUUGCGUGGUGACCACCUUUAUAAUCUGUGAAACACCAACCACACUCUGCUUCCUCUUUGAAAUUUGGCACCUCUUAACUGGAAUUGCAAAUAAAAGUAGAGUAGCACCCUCAAACUCCACAGUGACCGCCAUAUCGGCUGCAAACAGCACAGACACUCAAUCAGCUAAUCCUUACGACCUAUAUUAUUAUGCUUACCCCGCUGCUCUUGUACUAGUCCUAGUAGGCUGUGCUAGUAACUUCUUCAUUUACAUUCUCAUGGGCAGGCGAUUUCGUCAGACAUGCAUUCGACUACUCGUCAGGUUUUGCUGUCUUAAAUGCGCUCAGCAACAACGCUGUCGAUCUCAACGCAAUGAGGAAGAUUCUGGUUUUAUUCGCCCUCUGAAACAUAGGCGCAAGGUAAAAACUAAAUGCGUCUGUGACAGCGUCAAUGCGCUGACUUAUCAUGCGAUCGCCUGUCGUAUUUUGUGCAUUAAAAUCUACCCCGCGUGCGCUCUUGUCUGCCCCACGAUCCUGGACGAUCCGCUGCUGGGCUGCACGCGUUGUCCCCUCUUCGCUGGCCUCGCGAGA